AUGGAAGGCGUAGAACACAGAACGGUGGAAGUGAAUGGCAUAAAAAUGCAUGUAGCAGAGAAAGGAGAGGGUCCUGUCGUGUUGUUCCUCCAUGGCUUCCCCGAGCUCUGGUACUCCUGGCGCCACCAGAUUCUCGCUCUCAGCUCCCGAGGCUACCGCGCCGUCGCCCCUGAUCUACGUGGCUACGGUGAUACAGAGGCACCAGAGUCAAUCAGCAGCUACACCAUCAUGCAUCUCGUGGGUGACAUCGUGGCACUCAUAGACUCACUUGGUGUGGGUCAAGUCUUCCUCGUUGCGCAUGAUUGGGGCGCCAUCGUAGGAUGGUACCUAUGUUUGUUUCGACCAGAGAAAAUCAAGGCCUACGUUUGCCUCAGCGUCCCUUUCAUGCCCAGAAACCCAAAAGUCAGGCCCGUGGAUGCCAUGCGGGCCCUCUACGGGGAUGACUACUACAUCUGCAGAUUCCAGGAGCCAGGCAAAGCGGAAGCUCUGUAUGGCAGUAAUAAUAACAUUGGAGAAGUAAUAAAGAGCAUCCUUACAAAUCGGAGACCUGGACCACCAAUCCUACCCAAAGAAGGGGUUGCCCUUCCUUCAGGGUCCCUUCCCUCAAGACCCCUUCCAUCUUGGCUCUCGGAGGAAGAUGUCACUUAUUAUGCUUCUAAAUUUUCAAAAACAGGCCUAACUGGGGGCCUCAACUACUACAGAAAUCUCAACCUCAAUUGGGAGCUCACAGCAGCAUGGACUGGAGCAAAAGUGAAAGUUCCAGUAAAGUUCAUUACUGGUGAUUUGGAUGUAGUAUACACUUCACUAGGGAUAAAAGACUACAUAGACAGUGGUGCUUUCAAGCGAGAUGUGCCAUAUUUGGAGGAAGUGGUUGUGCAGGAAGGGGUUGCUCACUUCAACAACCAAGAAGCUGCAGAGGAUAUCAGCAAUCACAUUUAUGAUUUUAUCAACAAGUUCUGA